AGAAAAUGGAUACUAAUCCUCGAUAUGCAGCCCAGAGCCUCUUCAACUGAUAUCUGAUAACGAGAUAGGACACCAAACUUACCCCUUCCCCAUUCUUGAACUCAGAAUAGGAUGAUCCUUAAGUUUUGAACUUCUCUCGAGCUCCCCAAAGAGACUGAAAUCAGAACUUCCAUGGAGUCCCCGCACAGCAGAAAGACGCCCUUCCAAGCAAGACAGCCAGUAGCACAUCGCUCAUACCUACCCUCCCACUCCUCAAAACAACCAUAUUCUAUGCCAGCAGACCAGAAUCUCUCAAAUCCAAGAAGACAGCUCCCCUCAUCAAUGACAUUUCCCUCCCCCGCAUCUCUUCGCAACACCUCGAUACUUACCGUAUAUAUACCUACCCAUGCUCGCCCCCAGAUCCGCAAAUCCACUCACUCUAAAGCCAGUCAUCUCUCCCACUCAACAUUCACCAACCUAAAGACGCGCAGCGCCGUAUCAUAAACCCCUAGAACAUAUCGG